AUGCCCGAGCUCACCACUUUAAGGCUCGGUCUACAGCUUAGAAAUGGAUCUCAAUUUGGUAUAUCUUUUCAAGCUGGUGGGAUGUCUUCAUCUACAUGUAUGAAUUCUAGAAUCGCAAUUAUUGGUGCUGGACUAUCUGGGCUGGCUCUUGCAUUGGCGCUUCAUAAAAAUGGUUUCACAAAUAUCACCAUCUACGAAUUACGUCCAGCAUCCCUUGACAUUGGCGGUGCGAUUAUGCUAUCACCAAACGCGUUGAGAAUACUUGACGCACUUGAUGUAUAUUACCAACUACGACUUAGAAGUUACGAGUUUGACACUGACAAUGCCAUGACUCCUGUAGACACCUUUGAAUUCGGUUCUGCAAGCAAAUAUGGCUAUCAAGCUCUCCGUGUGUACCGCUACGAGUUAAUCGAGGUAUUGCACAACUUGACUCAAGAGAAGGACGGAAUCUUCAUAAAUUAUGACAAAAAGUUCGCUCGAAUAACCUCCGAGACAAGCAAGGAGGUGACUUGGUCGUUCACCGACGACACUCAGGCAUCGACUUCAUUUCUGAUCGGAGCGGAUGGAAUUCAUUCUCAGGUGCGCAAGUACCUAUACCCUGACCUCGUACCCCGUUUCACAAAGGGUAUCGGAGUAACGGCCGCCGUGCCAACAGCCCAACUACAACUUCCUGAGGGUCUCAGCACACCACUGACAUUCAUGAACAAUGACCACGGGGCGUUCGUUAUUACGAAGCAACUGCAUGAUGGUAGUGAAGUUCUAAUCGGCAAGCAACGUCGAUUUACAGACAACCUUGACAAAGAUGGCUGGGCAGAUCUACUCAAUAAUAAACAGUGGUGUAUAGACUUCCUUCGGCAAGGUGCCUCGGAUUUCCCACCAGUGGUCUCCAACGCCGUUAGCAAUAUUUCAAAGGAAAGAAUAAAUCUUUGGCCAUUCUACAUUGUUCCGAAACUCAACACAUGGGUAUCUGAGAGAGGAAAUGUUGUGAUUCUGGGCGAUGCAGCACAUGCAAUUCCACCCACGGCUGGACAGGGGGUAAAACAAGCCUUUGAAGAUGUUUACACAUUUGCUGGUGUUCUCGGCGCACUUGAAAAGCAGCAUACAGAAUCCGGUCAUACCUCUAGGAGAAAUGAGAUAUUCAAACGAUGGCAGAUAGGAAGACAAGCAAGAAUCGAUAAAGUUCUGGAACUUAAUGCAAUGAUUGACAAAAGAAGAUUGCCAAAUCAGGACAGUUAUGAGAUUCAGAAGGGAGAGUUUGAUUUGAACUGGUUGUAUAACAUUGACUUUGAGCGAACUAUCUCGGAAUGGGCUGUUUAA